UCCUGAGCUUGGUAUUCAAAAAAUUGACAAAUUGCAUAUUGAUGACGUAAUAGUACGUACUCCUAAGUUUUACUUUACAUGGGUCAAUAUAACAGUUACAGGAAUGAAAAAUGCUAUUUUUGACAAAGUCAGCGUGAAUCAGCAACUCAAAUACAUAAGAGUAUUAUUUCACACAACUAUGGUUAUGGAGCUCGAUUAUAAAUGCGAUGGUGUAUUAUUAUCUUUACUUCGUGUUUAUGGCGAUGGAAAAGGAAACAUAACCCUAAAUGAUAUACAAAUGGAGAUCUUGUUCAUGUAUGACAUCGUCAAAGAUGAUAACGGGAAAGACGUAAUGGAUUUACAUACUUACUAUUACGGGGCUAACUCCGUAGGCGGCGUUCGUUAUUACUUCUCUAAUAUAUUCGAUGGAGAUGUUAAAAAGAGUGAAUUGCUUCUUAAUAUAUUGAAUGAAAGUUGGAGAAUCAUCAUGGGUAAUUUUGGUGGUUACUUCAAUAGGAAGAUAACUGACAAAUUGUUUGAAGUACUCAAAAUCUACAUGCGAUCUUGUGCUUUAGAAGAAUUAGCUCUGUAUUGAAAAAAAAUAUAUUUAAUAAACAAUAAACAUAAUAAAUUAAUAUGAAUAACACUCUCGAUGGUUUAAA